GUGCCGGGGAAAGUUUCGACUGCCCUUCCGGUGGUCCCUUCGCGUGUGGCCCUGCCGCCCAAGGCGGGGCAGGUGGAUCCUUGCGAAUGGCUUCCUCCCGAGCGUGCGGCUGUCUUGCAGGACUUGGGCCGCCUUAGGCGGGCCGAAGAGGACGGGAGUGACGUGCCCCUGGCAUGCCACAGAGUGGAGCCGAGCGAGGAGGACGCCUUAGUGCGCAGAUUGGUGCUACACGGCAUGGCUGUCCCCGUUCCAGAGGACGAUUUGCCGCGACGCCGUGACGGGCGCCUGUUGGUUGGAGGUUUGUUCGGGGUUGCCAAGAACGAAGCAGAAGACCGCCUGAUUUUCGACAGGAGACCGGAGAAUGCCACCAUGGAGAAGAUCUCCUGGGCGAAGCUCCCGAGCGGGGCGUGCUUCACCAGACUUUUGCUUUCGCCUGAGGAGUACCUUAGAGGGUCAGGGGACGACUUGCGCAACUACUACUACACGCUCCGUUUACCUGAGAACUGGAUCAAACAUACUGCUGUGGGCCGUCGGCUUUCUCCCCAUGUCCGACGAGAGCUGGGACUUUGCCCUCGGCGAGAGUACAGGCUGUGUUUCAGGGUCCUAGGCAUGGGUGAUAUUAACGGCUGCGAUAUUGCCCAAGCUGUUCACGAGGCGGUGUUGCGAAGGCGAGGUGUUCUGAGCCCGAGCUGCACCCUGAUUUACGGCGAGCCGGGAGUGUACAUCGACGACUUGCUCAUUUGGCAGAGGUGCUCUUCGUCUGGUGUUGUGCCCGUGGACGGUAGCUUCAAGCCGCCUGCACCCUCGCCACAGGAUACCGAUGUGCAAUUGGUGGAGGCUGCGGAGAAGGCUUACCUCGAGGCCAACUUGCAGAGGGCAGUGCACAAAGAGUUUCGUUUUGAGACCGCUUUCAAGGCUUGGGGUGGUGCAGAGAUUGACGGCGUGACCGGCAAG